AUGACCUGUGGAGCUUGCAGGUUCUAUCAGGGCAACGACGAGAUGUGCUUCGUCAACGUUAACAGCUCUCGCCCCGACUGCCGCUUGCCGCCGCGUCGCCAGGCAGCCACGGUGAGUGCUUCGAAGCUUGUCCGCACCCGGGCGUGGGGCGGGGGAGAUCUCAUGGCGGCGCAGCUUUCAGCCCCCGCGCCCGCCCGUGGCCCCGCGGUUCUCCCGGCCCACCUCACCCUCAGUCCUUCGCCCCCCCCCACCCGGUGUCCUUUGGUGACUCUCCUCCCGGGUGCCCCCAGCCGCCCCCGGGAGGGCGCUGUCCUCGGUGCUGACGCCUCCGGGUGCUCCAUGUCGGAGCGUCGGCGUCAGUCGGAAGAGGCGCCUCCCCACCCCCUCUCCCCGGAGGCCUUCCCCAGGACCCAGCGAGAACUGCGAACACCUUUGCGCAGUUUAAGGGACUGA